AUGACUUCUUACUGUGAGUGCAAGGAGAUCACAGAUAAUCCAAAACUCAGUGCCAAGUUCUCUAUUUAUAAUCGAGGAAUUAUUCACACAGAGGUAAACAAGAGCAAAGGACUGACAAGUGAACUGGAGGAGGAGAAUGAUGGGAAACAGACUGAGGGACCCGUACAUCUGCAUGCCUUCAACAGGCCUGGGUUCUCACCAGCACUCACUCAACCUUGGAUCCAGAGAACCCUUGAUGUUUUCCAGUCCCAGAAUCCUCCGGGACAGGCUGCCCAGAUGGCUGUUGGGAGUGAGCUGGCGAUCUUAAGCAGAGGCAGCCUAGGUGAAAAAACAGAGUCAUUGAGAGAAAGCAACUCACUGAAGGUCACGUGGGAAACAGCACAGAUAGGAAGAACCAGGCCUCCGAGUCACAGAAAGAUCUUCCAUUCAUCGGAUGAUGGAUUUCUACAGGCUGCAAGAAGACAAAGAACACAAGUGACAAGACACCUAGAAAAAGAUGUUCAAGACCUACAUGAGGCCCACCCAGGGUUCUUUUUGAAACUAUUGUUUGUUGAAGUUAUGGGGAAUAAAGUUUACACUCCCAUUAUAUUUGUUCCAACUUCAUUUGAGGAAUGUGAAGAAGAGACCUUUCAGUGUUGUGCUUCCAGAAGAGAGAAGAUUUGGAGCUUAGAGGAGGAAAAUGCCCCUAUAAAAGGCACUGGGGCCAUGGGGACUUCCCCAUUUAACUGGGAAAGAAAGUUGGAAGUCUGA